AUGGACGAGCCAGCGUGCAAAAAGUUAAAAGUUGAUUCUGCACCUUGCGCAGAUUUUGAAUCCGGAGAUGGAUUAGAUGGACUUAGUGAACUUGAAAAACUAGAGCCACUACCCCAGACAGGUCACAUAGGUGGCGAUGUGCCGACCACGUCACAAUCCACGAUGCCGGCUCCAAUGCCACAGGCGGGAUUUGGCCAGGCUGGAGGAGGUCAACCGGGCGGGCAACCUUCUCAAGGCACUGGUCAACAGCAAUCUGUUCUACAGGAAUUAUUGAUGACCCAAACGCAAGGCCCAGCUGCGAACAAUUCGCCAAGGCCUACGUUUUCGACAGCACCUGCAGCAAACAACUUCAAUACGAGGAGUCCAAUGACCGGCGCGACAAUGAUGUCUCCUCCAAACGCAAACAUGGCAGGUGCAGGGCGAGGGGCGGGCGGCCCCGGACCCUCUCCUGGAGGGCCACCGGGUGGACCUCCUGGAGGCCCAAUGCGUGCCCCUGGUCAGGGACCGCCCGUGAUGUACGAUGGAAUGCAGAUGGCGCCCCAACAGCCACAAUACGGUCAACCGAUGAUGACUGGUGGACCACAGGGUCAAAUGCGGGGAUACCCAGGCCAGUAUGCUCCACAAGGAGCGCCAAAUCAGAUACCCUAUCCUGGACAAGGGCGAGGGCAAACCAUUCCACGAGGAGGCAUGAUGAAUGGAGCUCACAUGCAACGGCCACCCCAAAUGGCACCUCCAGGUCGGCCGGGCAUGCCGCAGAUGAUGUCGGGUAUGAUGCGACAUCCAGGAAUGAUGGAGCAACCUUUUAAUCCAAACGCACCCUUUCAAGGCCAGCGGCCUGACCAAUUUAUGGGCGGACCACCUCCUCAGGGCUUUAUGAACAGGCAGCCAUACCCAGGAAUGAUGCCUGGACAUCCGGGACCACCUCAAGGACCUCCAAUGAUGAUGAUGGAUCCCUCCCAAUCUAACGGUCCUCAUCAGAUGCCUAAUCGACCACCGGGUGCAGGCGGACCGACGCAACAACCUCCGGGAAUGAUGCAAAUGCCGAAUGGUGCACCUCCAGUAAGCCAACAAUCCCAUGCUCAUCCGCAAAUGUCCGGAGCACCGGUGUCUCAACCCCAGCAACGGACGCCAGGAACUCCUUUAACACCAGGAACUCAAGAUCCAGAGAAGCGAAAGUUGAUACAGCAACAGUUAGUGUUGUUGUUACAUGCGCACAAGUGUCAGCAACGGGAAAGGAAUCCUGCCGAAGCCGCAAAUGGUCGAACACCGUGCAAUUUGCCUCAUUGCAACACGAUGAAAGAAGUUUUACAACACAUGACAAUCUGCCAUAACGGAAGACAGUGUACUUAUGCACACUGUGCAUCGUCAAGGCAAAUUAUUGCUCAUUGGAAGAAUUGUAAUCGUGACGACUGUCCUGUGUGCAAACCCCUAAAAAGCAUACAGAAUCAGCCGUCAGCCGCUGGAAGUGAGCUAUCAUUGCAAGAUAUGAGCCAAUUACUAGGACCAGGAUCCGUUGGAGCUCCUGGGUCAGUAGGUGGUGGCAGUAUGGGCCCUGGUGGUCCACAAUCAGUAGAUCCUAUGGCUCAAUUUGGCUCCCCAGCUCCAGCGUCAAAUCAAGGAGCAGGUGCGGGCAGUGGAGCUGCGAGUGCAGCACCAUCGGGUCCCGGCAGUGUUCCCGGUGGACCUCACAGUGGCCCCAUGUCGGCUGCUGGAUUGCUCAACGACUAUAAUCCACCGAUGAAUGAUCCAUUCCGCUCCCCUAAUCCUCCUAACAAACACGCGGGUCCUGGCUCUGUUGGAACUACACAAGGUGGUCCUCAUCACGGAAUGAUGUCUAGAGCUCCCGGCGACUUCUCAACAAUCAAUUUCCCACCUCCCGAUGUACCUAGUCAUGCAAAGGAAUGGCAUCAACAUGUUACCCGAGAUCUCCGUAAUCAUCUUGUUGGGAAGCUAGUUAAAGCAAUUUUCCCGUCACCCGAUCCAAACGCUAUUCACGAUCAGCGAAUUCGUGACCUUAUCAACUAUGCGCGUAAAGUCGAGAUGGAGAUGUUCGAGUCCGCCAACGAUCGGGAAGAAUACUACCAUCUGCUUGCUGAGAAAAUCUAUAAGAUCCAGAAAGACUUGCAAGAUAAGAAGAACUCCAGGCUUCGAGCGGACGGAGGAGCACAAGGAGGUGCGGCAUCAGCAGCCGCUUCUGCUGGUGCCCCACCCCAGUCUGCUCCAAGUGCCGCUGCUGGACAACAGCAACAAGGCGGUGCCGGUGGAGGUGUGUCGGAAGCACUAGGAACAAUCCCAGACUUCGAUAUGGAUAUGCCAAAUCCACCAAAUCGAACUGCUGGAUCGACACCUUUACCGCCGGGGUUGCAAGCGACUCAACAACAACAACAACAAGGUCCACAUUCGCAACAACCGCACCAACAACAUAAUGUCGCUGGAUGGACAGGCGCUACAGGCAGUGGUCCCAUGUCAGCCCCACCGUCAGCUGCAGAUCCAAGAACCCAACAACAACGGUCUCAAGAACGAAUAGGUCCUCAGUCGAAUAGCAACCACGGUUCAGCUGCUGGAACACCUUUGGUGAAAAUGGAAGCAAUGGACACCGGAGAUUCUAACGGUCCUCUGUCGUCAUCCACCAACGUCUCCUCAACAAACGGAUUACCUCCGUCGCUAGUUAAAUCUGAAUCUAAGGUCAAAAUGGAGGAAGGUUGUUCCGUUGCUCCCGGUCCAUCGUCGGGAGCGUCAGCUUCUGCUUCGAAUACGUCCGUGAAAUCUACCAGUAAAGCCCUCGACUCAACAUCUUCGCCGAAGAAAGAGGUGGUGAAACGGGAACCUACGCCGCCACCUGGAGAGGACACAAUUUUUGACGCCAAUGAGUUACGGCAUUAUUUACGGCCAGUUUGGGAGAAAAUGGAUUGCUCAGAAGAUGCCGUACCGUUCCGUAUGCCGGUUGAUCCAGACUUAUUGCAUAUACCUGAUUACAAUGAUAUAAUAAAGCACCCAAUGGAUUUAUCAACGAUAUGCGUAAAAUUAGAUAGUGGACGUUAUAAGAAUCCAUGGGAGUUCUGCGAUGAUAUGUGGUUAAUGUUUGAUAACGCUUGGAUGUAUAAUAGGAAGAACAGCAAAGUGUACAAAUAUUGCACAAAGCUCAGCGAAAUGUUUGUAUCUGAAAUGGACCAAGUAAUGCAACAAAUGGGCUACUGUUGUUCAAGAAAAUUGUCGUUCACACCGUUGGCAUUAUUCUGUUACGGCGCAUCGAUGUGUACAAUUGCGAGAGAUCAGCCGUACUGGGUUUAUGAACAAACAUCUUCACAAUAUGGUGUAACGGUUUCGGAACGAUAUACGUAUUGUUUGAAGUGUUUCGAUGCAUUACCACCAGAAGGUAUAUCGUUAUCGGAAAAUCCGAAUGAUCAAUCGAAUAUGGCGCCAAAAGACAAGUUCGUCCAAAUGAAGAACAACGUGAUUGACUACGAGCCAUUCGAAGUGUGCAAAUAUUGCCAUCGAAAAUGGCAUAGGAUAUGUGCGUUGUACGAUAAAAAGGUCUUCCCAGAAGGCUUCAUUUGUGAUACUUGCCGAAAGGAGAAAAGUUAUCCGAAACCGGAGAAUCGAUUCAUGGCGAAACGAUUGCCGCAUAACAAGCUGUCGCAGUUCCUAGAAGAUCGUGUGAACACGUUCCUGAAAAAUGCGAUGCCGAAUAAUCCUGAUCAAUAUGAGGUUAUCAUACGAACCUUAUGUGUUCAGGAUAAAGAAGUGGAAGUAAAACCAUUGAUGAAAGCGAAAUACGGCCAACAGGGAUUCCCUGACAAAUUCCCGUAUCGAACUAAGGCUGUCUUUGCAUUCGAGAUCAUUGAUGGUGUAGAAGUGUGCUUCUUUGGUCUUCAUGUGCAGGAAUACGGUAGCAAUUGUAAGGAACCAAAUGCGAGGCGCGUGUAUAUCGCCUAUUUGGACUCUGUCCACUUCUUCCAGCCUAGAGAACUAAGAACGGAAGUGUACCAUGAAAUUCUGCUUGGAUACCUAGACUAUGUCAAACGACUUGGCUACACUAUGGCACACAUCUGGGCGUGUCCACCUUCUGAGGGUGAUGACUACAUCUUCCAUUGCCAUCCACCUGAGCAAAAGAUUCCUAAACCGAAAAGGUUGCAGGAUUGGUACAAGAAGAUGCUCGAAAAAGGUGUGGCUGAGAAAACCGUAGUCGAGUUCAAAGAUAUCUAUAAGCAGGCUCGAGAUGACAAUCUUACAACUCCGAUGAGCUUGCCGUAUUUUGAGGGAGACUUCUGGCCGAAUGUCAUUGAGGAUUGCAUAAGAGAAGCUGGAAACGAAGAGGCUCAACGACGUAAGGAGGUCGCAGAAGCCGAAGAGGAGGAUGACGACAUUUUCCAAACCGGCGAUAACGGUAAAAAGAAGAGCUCUAAAAACAAAAAGAACAACCUGAAGAAGAACUCGAAAAUGAAUAAGAAAAAACAAGGUAGCUCUACUGGUAACGAGGUUGCUGACAAAUUGUAUUCACAAUUUGAAAAGCACAAAGAGGUAUUCUUCACUAUUCGACUGGUUACCCAACAAUCUGCACUUUCGCUUCCUGAUAUUGUUGAUCCGGAUCCGCUUAUGGCAUCAGAUAUGAUGGACGGUAGAGACACGUUUUUGACGAGAGCACGUGAUGAACAUUGGGAAUUCAGCUCGCUGAGAAGAGCCAAGUAUUCGACUCUGGCUCUGUGUCAUGCUUUACACGAAUCCGAUGUCAAUAAGGAUAUGACAUAUACAUGUAAUAAAUGUAACAGUUCGAACGCGAAAUGGCAUUGUACGACUUGUGACGAUUUCGAUUUGUGUGAAACAUGUCGCGAUUCCGUUCCACAUGAGCAUCCAAUGGAACAGAUCAAACCGCUUAUCGGCGCCGAAAGUGGUGAUUCUAGUGGCAACAAUCGUUUCGAAAGUAUUCAGCGUUGCAUAUUAUCACUGGUGCACGCUUGUCAAUGUAGAGACGCAAAUUGUCGUCGUGUAUCAUGCCACAAGAUGAAACGUGUAGUGCAACAUACAAAGAUGUGCAAGAAACGUGUCAACGCCAGUUGUCCAGUGUGCAAGCAACUGAUCGCAUUAUGCUGUUAUCAUGCGAAACAUUGUUCGAGAGAUUCAUGUUCGGUACCGUUCUGCAUGAACAUCCGACAGAAAUUGGCCGAACAGAAGCGAUCGAUUGCCAGACGUGCAGACAUGAUGAUGAGACGACGUAUCGAUGGACUGCAGGCGGUUGCUGGAGGACCAUCUGCGUCAGGUUCGGGAUCAGCUCUUGUCGGUCCAACGUCUGUGCCAACACCUCCUCCUGAUAAUAAACCAUUUGCUGGAACCCAUAUGAAGGGAGGUAUGCCUGGACCGAGUCCUCUGAGUCAAGUCCCGUCAAUGUCCUCUAUGCCAACACACCCACAAUCCGGACAACAUCCGCAACAACAGAGAGGUGGAUUUAUGUCAUCUGGAAUGAUGCCUCCACAGCAACAACAACAACAGCAACAACCUGGGGGAAUGCAGCCGAUGGGACAAGGCAUGUCUGCUGGGAUGGGCGGUCCGAUGGGUGCAUCCACUAUGUAUAAUCCAAUGCAACAACAACAACAACAACAGCAGCAGCAACAACAACAGCAACAACAACAAAUGAGUAUGAUGGGUGGCAUGCGGCCCGGUCAACAUCCAGGUGGUCAGCCAAUACCUCCCGGUGGAGGUCGUGGCGCAGGUGGGCAACCUCCACCACCGUAUCAUCAUCGUGCUCCGACACCCAUGGUUGGAUUUAACCCCAAUCCUUCAAUGAUGCAGCCAGGAAUGUCGAUGCAUCCAGGAAUGGGACAAAUGAGAGGACAACCUGGAAGUGGCCCCAUGCCACCUCAACAGCAGCAACAACAACCGCCACCUCAACAACAACAGGGCAAUCCUGCUGUAUUAGAUCCAGCCAUGGCUCAAGUGAUGAGUCGAUUGAAAAUGGCAAAAACCGAUGAAGAAAAGACAUCGGUAUUCCAAGAACUGAAAAAGACACCACAUUUGUUUGCAGCGUUUAUCAAAAUGAAGCCAACACCUGAUGGUAAUUGGCCAUCGAAUAUGGGUCCAGGAGGUCCUGGUGGUCCUCCACAACCCGGCUACUAUGGCGGUCCUCCGCAACCACAGGGUGGCGCACGUGGACCUGGAGGUCAGUUCGCACCGAUGGGACCGGGUGGAUGGCAGCAACAACAACAAUAUCAUCAACAACGGCAACAGCAGGGCACGUCGCCGGCAAUUUCUGGGCAGCAGUUUGGUGUUGGUCAGGGUCGAUCGCCGUCGAUGGGCAUGGGCUCGUCGCCGAUGUUGCCUCCACAGCAAGCCGGCCAACCGGACCAAUCGGGGCAAUUCCGGUGA